AUGGGUUGCUGUGUGAGCAGUAACAAAGCCUCAACCUCACAAGCUUCAUCACUAAGAAAAUUCCCUGAUUCAGAAGCAGUUGCUGAGCCACUAAAACCCUCAGAAAGCAACAGAGAAACACCUCAAGUAGAGGAAGAGACAGUGAAGGAAGUGCUCUCAGAAACCCCCAAAUGGAACCCAACAAACAUUGCCAAAUCAGAACCGCAAAAGCCACACCAAAACAUGGCCUUUGACAAGUUCAAAGAAGAAGAAAAAGAAGAAAGCAAGGUUGAGAAGAAGGCAUUGCCCAUUAACAAAGCCGAAGAAGACAUCUCAGAAGUUUGCAGCUUUAGCGAAACCAUGUCCACAACUACCACAAUCACCGAUCAGAGAGAGGAGGCAGAAGAAGAAACCGGCAAAAGGGUCAAUAGAUCUCCGGCCAAAUGGCAGAAAAACCGUUCCUUUUCCGGUGAUUUUGGCUGCAGAAGAGAGAGAACGGCUCAUGCUCCAAGGAAUGUUGGGUCUGUGAAGUUGGUUCAGUGCAGAGACCAAAUGGGUCAAAAAAUGGGCAAUGGGGGAACGCAUCGCCGGAAAGAUCCCGGCGACAACUCUUUCCGGCGGUCGAGGUCACCGGCCCCGCAUGCAGACACCGGAACAGCUAGACCAGUCAUGGGUCGUAGCCCAUCUGCAAGAAGAACGAACCAGUCCCCUGCAAGGGUCAGAGCCACGCCGCCGGUAAAUGGUCGCCGGAAAAAGGAGAAUCCGGCCAUGGAGGGUAAAUGGUCUUCUGCUAAUGAGUCACUGGAAAAUCCACUUGUAUCAUUCGAAUGCUUCAUCUUUAUCUAG